GGAUACGCUCCUGGGGAUUUGUCAGCCAGAUGUGACAAGAUUGUGGAGAGGCGAGUGAAGGAGAUCUGAUAUCAAUCAGAGCAUAGCUCCGAGCCAAACUUUCUCAAAUGUGGUGUAGAAACAUGUUCUUCUCAUUUAAGGCAUCUCUUUGUGGCUGUGGGGCUGCCACCGGCCCGAGUUUGACAGCUAUCGGUUGCACUCUGAACUGCAGUUGCCAAAGUUUCAAACCUGGGAAAAUAAACCAUCGUCAGUGUGAGCAGUGUAGACAUGGAUGGGUGGCUCAUGCUCUAAGUAAGCUGAGGAUUCCCCCCGUGUACCCAACAAGCCAGGUGGAAAUUGUCCAGUCCAAUGUGGUGUUUGAUAUCAGCAGCCUCAUGCUGUAUGGGACCCAGGCUAUUCCUGUUCGUCUGAAAAUCCUCCUGGACCGGCUCUUCAGUGUAUUGAAGCAAGAUGAAGUUCUGCAGAUCCUCCAUGCCUUAGACUGGACCCUUCAGGAUUACAUCCGUGGAUACGUGCUACAGGAUGCAUCAGGGAAGGUGUUAGAUCACUGGAGCAUCAUGACCAGCGAGGAGGAAGUGGCCACCUUGCAGCAGUUCCUGCGCUUUGGAGAGACCAAGUCCAUAGUUGAGCUCAUGGCAAUUCAAGAGAAAGAAGAGCAGUCUAUCAUCAUACCACCUUCCACAGCAAAUGUAGAUAUCAGGGCUUUCAUUGAGAGCUGCAGCCAUAGGAGUGCUGGCCUCCCCACGCCUGCAGACAAAGGAAAUCCCAGCAGCAUCCACCCUUUUGAGAACCUCAUAAACAACAUGACUUUCAUGCUGCCUUUCCAGUUCUUCAACCCUCUGCCUCCUGCUCUGGUAGGGUCACUACCCGAACAGUACAUGCUGGAGCAGGGACAGGACCAAAGCCAGGAUCCCAAACAGGAGAUCCACGGAUCUUUCUCUGACAACAGUUUCUUAACUUCCACAGCAUUUCAAGUUGAAAAAGAACAAUGCUUAACCUGUCCAGAUGGUGUUACUCAAAAGGAAGACAGUGCCCACUUAAGUGACUCGAGCUCGUACAGCAUUGCCACUAAGCUUGAAAGGACACAGCUCUCCCCAGAGGCCAAAGUAAAGCCUGAGAGGAACAGCCUUAGCACAAAGAAGGGCCGGGUGUUCUGCACUGCAUGUGAGAAGACAUUCUAUGACAAAGGCACCCUCAAGAUCCACUACAAUGCCGUCCACCUGAAGAUCAAGCACAAGUGCACCAUUGAGGGGUGUAACAUGGUGUUCAGCUCCCUGAGGAGCCGGAACCGACACAGUGCCAACCCCAACCCUCGCCUGCACAUGCCAAUGAACAGAAAUAACCGGGAUAAGGAUCUCAGGAACAGCCUGAACCUGGUAGGCUCUGAAAGCUACAAGCACCCAGGUUUCACAGUGAUGUCUCCAGACUGUGGGCCUCUCCCCAGCUACACUGGUUCAGUGGAGGAUUCCAAAGGCCAGUCAGCUUUUGCAAGCAUUGGGCAAAAUGGUGUGCUUUUCCCCAAUCUAAAGACGGUCCAGCCAGUCCUUCCUUUCUAUCGCAGUCCAGCCACUCCCGCUGAGUUGGCAAACACGCCUGGCAUGCUGCCAUCUCUCCCUCUGCUGUCCUCUUCAGUCCCAGAACAGUUGGUUUCCAAUGAAAUGCCAUUUGAUGUUCUUCCCAAGAAGAAAUCCCGGAAGUCCAGUAUGCCCAUCAAAAUAGAGAAAGAAACUGUGGAAAUAACUAAUGAGAACAGACACAGUCUCAGUUCAGAUGAUGACAUGCCCCUGCAGGUGGUCAGUGAAGAAGAAGCAGAGGAUUGCAGUCCUCAGUCAGACAGAGUACCCAAGGAUCAGCACACACAGUCUAGAAGCUUAGGGAAGCCUCUCUCUCCAGGAGAAAGAUCCUGCCAUCUUGACUCUAUGAUUGAGUCUCAUGGAGCUAUCAGCAGAACCCUCGAGCAGACCACACACACAGAGAGGGAAGCUGAGCAGAAGCUAACACUGACCACUAUGAUGCCAAGAGAGGCUGAGGAUGGUGGUCAUGAACACCAUUUCCCACCUGGACUAGAGCCCCAAAUUCCUUUUCCUGACUACAUGGAACUGCAGCAGCGACUGCUGGCUGGGGGACUCUUCAGUGCUUUGUCUAACAGAGGAGUGACUUUUCCUUGCCUGGAAGAUUCUAAAGAACUGGAGCACCUGGGGCAUGCAUUCAUGAGGGAGAAGGAAGAAAGCCGGUUUCAGUGUGACAUCUGCAAGAAGACUUUUAAGAAUGCUUGCAGUAUGAAAACGCAUCACAAGAAUAUGCAUGCCAAAGAAACACACACAUGUACGGUGGAGGGAUGCGGUGCUACGUUCCCGUCCCGUAGGAGCAGAGACAGACACAGCUCGAACCUAAGCCUCCACCAAAACGUGUUGAAUGAAGCAGCAUUGGAAAGCAGUGAGGACCAUUUUCAUGCAGCUUACCUUCUGAAAGAUGUGGCCAAGGAGGCCUAUCAGGAUGUGGCUUUCACACCACAAGCAUCCCAGACAUCUGUCAUCUUCAAAGGAACGAGUGGAAUGAGCAGUCUGGUUUACCCAGUAUCCCAAGUUCACAGUGCCAGCCUGGAGAGCUACAACUCCGGCCCCCCUAGUGAGGGUACCAUCCUGGAUUUGAGCACUACCUCAAGUAUGAAGUCGGAAAGCAGCAGCCAUUCCUCCUGGGACUCUGAUGGGGUGAGCGAGGAGGGCACUGUGCUCAUGGAGGACAGUGAUGGGAACUGUGAAGGACAGAGCCUCGUCCCUGGGGAAGAUGAAUACCCCAUCUGUGUCCUGAUGGAGAAGGCUGACCAGAGCCUUGCCAGUCUGCCCUCUGGGUUGCCCAUAACCUGUCAUCUCUGCCAAAAGAUAUACAGUAACAAAGGGACCUUUCGAGCCCAUUACAAAACCGUGCACCUCCGCCAGCUCCACAAGUGCAAAGUCCCAGGUUGCAACACCAUGUUUUCUUCUGUUCGCAGUCGAAACAGACACAGUCAGAAUCCCAACCUGCACAAGAGCCUGGCUUCAUCUCCAAGCCACCUCCAGUAACAGCCCCAAACUUGGAUGAGUGUUUGUCAUAAUUCAGGAAUAAGAUAAUCCAAAGAAUAAGGU